CAUACCGACGCGUUAACUGAUCGAGACACCGUCGUUCAUGGACUACCAAAACAUGUACUCGUCUUUUGACGAGUCUUCGGCUCAAAAUCCAUCCGAUAAUCCUGCUAGCUCGACCCCCAAUUUCAUGCAAUUCGUACUUUCGUCAUUCCCGAAUUUGCAGCAGCAUCCCGGUCCUGGUCCUGCUCAUCAACAAAACCCUUCCCCAGCGACUGCUCAGAGACCGUUCCUGACGCCUGCCAACUCAAACAAUCAAAUCACACAAAGCCCGGUGCAUCAAUCUUCGCCAACCGCGUCCAAUGAACGCUCCACUACUACUUGGACCGAAGCAGAAUGGCAGAAAGUGUACAGCAACACACCUGACGGUGUUGCCGAACUACGUGCACGCUGGGAGGCCGACUUGAGUCGCACCGAAUUGCCUCCUCCACCACCAGAAGUGCAUGCUACUAAGCAAGAAGGCAUUGACGCGGUGAAGAACUUUGCAAAAGAUCAUGGCUAUGUCCUGGUCAUUGGCCAUUCAUACAAGGACAAGUUUGCUGCGAACGGCGAAACGAACAAAGUCCUGUUGACUUGCGAAAUGGGUGGCUAUUUCCGCGAUCACUUCAAGAAGAAUCCAGGAACAAGAGUGCGCAACCGCAUGAGCCGAAAGACUGGAUGUCCAAUGAAGAUUCUCAUCUCCAAGCGACGCUUCUCCGACGAAUGGGUCACCGUCAUCAAGGACCAUAAACACAACCAUGGUGCCUACAGAGCCAAGGUGACACUGACUGCUUCGAAAAUGCCCGAACUGGAGGAUGCUCUGCAUGAUUGGCACAUGGCCGAGAUUGCAAGGGGCGAAGCGGUGCACGGAAACACACUCAAAGCCAGGGCACUGGCAAUGUAUGCUGAGAUGCCACAGUAUCGCGGAAAGUCUCCGCCAAACCUUGACAGAGACUGGCUCGAUCAAUACCGUAUGCGCUACAACUUGCCUGGUAAGGUGACAAGGCCGCCGAUACCAGGUAUUGUCAGAGGUCCAAACAACCCUGAGCCGACGCCAAUCAACGUUGACGACCAACUACCUUUGGAACCUCCAGCCUUUGCCGACUUGGAAGGGAUCUUCCCCCUGGAGCAAAACCUUUUCUGGCCUACCAAGCAGUUUGUGCAGGAGUACAUGUCCCGCUACGACGCCUCGCACGACUUCAAUCAUGUCACACGAGUCUUUGCCCUAUCAAGACGCAUCCUGGAUGCAGAGUCACAGUCUUUCCAAGGAGUCACGUACGAUCCACAGGCAGUUCUUCUUGCAGCUAUGUUGCACGACGUAGGCGAUCACAAGUAUCACAAGCCAGGAGAGAACCCAGAAAACCAGAUUGCAGAGCACCUCCUAGAGCAUGGAGCAAGUCCAGACCUCGCGAUGAAGGUACAACUCAUCGCUAAGAAUGUGUCCUUCUCCAAUGAGGUCAAGAACCCUCGAAUGAUGAAGGCGGUGCUGGAUCAGCAUCCAGAAUUGGCCAUCGUGCAGGAUGCCGACAGACUGGAUGCGAUAGGUGCAGUGGGUAUUGGCAGGUGCUUUGCUUUCGGCGCGGUCAAGCAACCAGACAGAGGACUAGACGGAAGCAUAGAGCACUUUGCUGAGAAGCUCGAAAGACUGGAGAACAUGAUGAAGACACAUUCUGGACGCGAGCUGGCCAGAGAGAGGACCCAGCGACUACAGGUCUUCAGACAAUGGUGGGACGAGGAGACAUCUAUGCAGAUCUAAACUGCACAGGACGGCGUCGGGCACGGAAAAAGGAGGCGUCUUUGGAGCCAUGGUCUAUAUCAGAUACCCCAUUCCAUGAGUAGUUAGUAGUGAUACGGCAGAGGCAGCUAUCGGGCUUCAGCUAUGAACAUUCAAUGAUAACGAAGUUUUCAAGAG